GCUACUCCAGUACCUCCUCUUCUAAUCUUACCGUCAAAUCUCAGCUGACAUUGACAACAUGCUGGUGACUCUCUGUACUCUGAUCACUGCUCUAACAUGUGUGAGUGGUGUGACGGUGCUGACACAGAAACCUCCUGUUUUAUCAGUGAGGAAAGGAGAGACAGCCACCAUGGACUGUAACCUGGGGACUGGUACUGAUGUUGCUGUGUGGUAUAAACAGAUUCCAGGAGGAAGUCCUCAGUACGUGCUGAAGAUGUAUCAUGGCUGGAGUUCUCCAGGCUAUGGUUCUGGGUUCUCUGCUCCAAAAUUCACAUCCACUCAUCAGUCAACAACAGAUUAUCGUUUAAUCAUCAAGAAUGUGGAGGAGGGAGACUCUGCAGUCUAUUACUGUCAGACAUGGGACGGCUCUGUUAAUGAGAAUGUAUUCGGACAAGGCACCAAGCUGAUUGUGACAAGCUCCAGCCUCCCUCCUCCUGUCCUGACAGUCUUCCCUCCGUCCAGUGCUGAGCUCCAGGCCAACACAGCUUCUCUGGUCUGUCUGUCCAGUCAGUCUGUGUCUUUUGCAGAUGUGAGCUGGUUGGCUGGUGGGAGUCCAGUGAGCAGUGGGAUCUCUACCAGCACUGCUGUUCAGAGACCAGACCAGACUUACCAAAUCAGCAGCUCUCUGACCAUCCAGACAUCAGACUGGAACAUGGAUAAGGUUUAUACAUGUAAAGUGUCUUUGGGCUCACAGACUUCAGAGAAAACCAUCAAGAAGUCAGAAUGUCCCACUGAGUAGUAGAAGGGUCAGAAUCAGCAUUUAACAUCUAUCUGGCUCUUUAAUGCUUCUGGCAUUUGUUUAGUUCUCAUUUCCAUGUCAUAAAAUACUAGCAGUUACUGUUGUGACUGUUUGAUUUAUGUGCUCUACUGGCCUUUUCUAUAUGUUUAUUCAGCAAAAUAAUAAUAAAAAAAUAUUGUAACAAAAUGCUUGAUGUGCAUCCUGUAUUUCCCCUUUUUGUCAUAUUUCUUGUUCUAGUUUAACUUACCUGCAAUAGUAAAGAGGUUUGAAAAGAGAUGAGUAUUAAAUGAAACUGAAUUUUCUUUGACUGUCAGUGAAGCAUCAUCUAUUUUACACCUCCUUCUCUCUAUUUCCAGGAUGCACCUGCAGGCUUCUUGUCUGUAUUUAGAGUUUUAUGCAAAUCAAGUGGUGAGAUUCUAAGUGUCAAGUAAGAGGGGACUGUCUCCGACUGGAAACAUUCUCAAAUGUAAAUUUAUUUUCAUAUAAAAACGGUGCUUGACAGGCCUCAUACUCUGAAAAUAUUUUUUGUUGACUUUAAGCCUGGCUAAUACACAAAAAUAAAGCAGGCAGUAGUAUCUUGCCCAAGGAUAUUUGGCAUUAAGACUGGAGCAGACAGGGAUCAAACCACCAAUCUUCUGAUUAGUAGCUGACCUGAUCUACUUCCUACAGGAGGCAUUGUUGUGUAUGUAUAACAAAUAUGUAGGACUGCUUUCUUGCAUUAACACAAUUUCUCCAAAAUUAGAAGCAGUCUGAAUGAUGCUAAAAAACCAGUUCAUGCAUUUAUUACUUCUAUGCAGGACUACUGUAAUUCAUUAUUAUCAGGCAGCCCUAAAAGCUCCCUGAAAAGCCCUCAGCUGAUCCAAAAUGGAUUUAUUAGUACUGACAAGGACUAGCGAGAGAGUGCAUAUUUCUCAUAUAUUGUCUUACCUGUUAAAUCCACAAUCAAAUUUAAAAUACUUCUACUUGCAUACAAGGUCCAAACAAUCAGGUCCUGUUUUUUUUAAAGACCUCACAGAUUGCAGGCUUACUUGUGGUUCCUAGUGUAUUUAAGAGUAGAAUGUGAGGCAGAGCCUUCAGCUUUCAUGCCCCUCUUCUGUUGAACCAGCUUCCAAUUUGGAUUCACAGACACCCAAGCUAACUGUUUUUGAUAAAGCAAUAAAGCAUAAGAUCAGGGCUGGACCAGGUGACCCUGAAUUCUCCUAUAGUUAUGCUUCAAUAGAUCCAAGUUGCUGAGGGCUUCCCAUGAUGUCUUUCUUCAUUCCCCUUUUUUACUCUCUAUGUGUUUAUACAGCACAUUGAAUUUAAUCUGAUCUUUUUUGCUGUCUGCCUCCCCUCACCCCAACUUGGUCGUAGCAGAUGGCCACCCCUCACUGACCCUGGUUCUGUUGGAGGUUUCUUCGUUUUAAAAGUGUCAUUGCACUGGGUCUAUAACACAGUGCUCAUGUAUUUUUGAGUUUUGUUAAUAUUCCUUGAUUUAGUGUCAAUCAUGGUUUUAGUUCUCUUGAUUGUUUUCUACUUGUGCUAUAUUUAAAGUUCUAGUCUUUAUGAAAACUGAAUUGAAUUAAAAGGUGAUGAUGUGAGGUUUAA